AUGGCCGGAAAAACGCCAUGCAUGUUCAUUCAUGCAUCUCUGAUGAUAAUAACAAUUAUACUCACUUCAAGUACCGCUGCCAUCGCCGAUGAUACGAUACCGAUACCUUCCGAUAGUUCCCAAGUAGCUAGCUGGUUCGAUAAUAAUGUGAAAACCUACAAUGUACGAAAGUCAACGCUUGACCCUGCCCUUGUUGCAGCUGAGCAUGCUCCCCAGGUCAUCAAUGUCAUGCAAGAUGGAGGUGGAAACUUCAAGACCAUCACCGACGCCAUCAAUAGCAUUCCAGCCGGGAACACAAAACGCGUGUUUGUGUACAUCAAAGGAGGAGUGUACAACGAGAAAAUCACAAUUCCACAUAACAAACCCUUUGUUACGUUAUAUGGAUCGCCAAAAAGUAUGCCAAAUAUUACAUUUGAUGGCACUGCGCAGAAGUAUGGCACUGUGUAUAGUGGCACAUUGAUCGUGGAAUCAGACUAUUUUAAGGCUGUUAAUCUUGUUAUUAUAAAUUCAGCGCCGGAGCCGGAUGGAAUAAGAGAGGGUGCACAGGCAGUUGCAUUGCAGAUAUCCGGGAACAAGGCAGCCUUCUACAAUUGCAAAAUGAUUGGAUAUCAGGACACCCUUUAUGAUUACAAGGGGUUGCAUUUGUUCAAAGACUGCUUCAUUCAAGGCACUGUAGAUUUCAUAUUUGGAAAAGGAAAAUCCCUCUACUUGAACACUGAGAUACAUGUCGUAGAACGGAAUUUGACAGUGAUAACGGCACAACAAAGGGACAGUGCCUCGGAGGAUAGUGGAUUUUCGUUUGUGCAUUGCAAAAUAACUGGCACCACGUAUGCUCGUCGGACAUAUUUGGGUAGGGCUUGGGGAAGCAGCCCCAACGUGGUGGUUGCCUACACCGACAUAGCGGAUAUUGUCCACCCUGAACGGUGGAGUGAUUUUGGCCACCCUGAACGUGAAUCCAAUUUGUUCUAUGGAGAGUACAACAAUUGGGGUCAAGGGUCAAAUAUAACCGGUCAAGCACGCUACACCAGAAAACUAAGCGAUGCAGAAGCAAAACCUUUCAUCAGCCUUGGCAAUAUUCAGGGUUCCAAAUGGCUUCUUCCUCAGUAGCAUUGUUUGAAAAUAUAUAGGAAAUUAUUUUUUACCUAUUUAGGUGAGGUUAACUGAGAAAGCUUAUGCAUUACGUACAGUAUUACAUGUAACACAUUGAUAUGUGUUGAAAAAUAUAAGUGUAAAUUUG